UAUACACAUUCGUUUCAUGUACCAUUUAUGUACGGUUUGUAAAUAGUUGUUUUGAAACGAGAUGCGAAAGUAAUGAGUGUUCGGGCAAAAGUUUGGUGAGAAAUGAAAAUAUUCUGGCGAAGAUGAUACUCAACGAUGUCUAUCAAUUGAAUGAGAGGUAGCACCGCAAAGAUGACGCCUAAACGGAAGACAACCAGUUCAGAAUCUACAUCAACGACCAGCUCAGGAUCUUCAUCAAGUAGUUCGUCGAGUUCAGGCAGUGAGUCUAGUUCGUCUGACUCAGAGAACUCCAGUAGCUCUGCCAAUAGUCAAAAGGCAUCUGAUACAGAAAGAACCAAGAAAAAAGCGUUUUCAGCCACCCGUCAUGUCAAGUCUAAAGAAACAGUGGCUGUGCCACCAUUGGAAAAUAAAAAUAAAGACAAACAACCACCAAAAUCCAGAUCGUCAAUGUAUUCUUCCGAAUCUGAAGAAUCACCUAGCAAAACAAAAUCACUACAGAAGCGGAAACCACCGGCUAAACCGAAAGCUACUGCUACCGUGGCACCAGUUGUUAAGGCGCAGAGAUCUCCCACAAAACCAGCAUCUGCAUCAGGACAACAUAAAGCUAUAUCGGUUCCAAACCCUGCCAAUGCCAAACCCAACAAAUUUUCUGGUUCUACGAGUGCCAACAAUAAAUCUUCCGAGAAAUCCGGGAAAACAGUGGAACCUGUCCAGAAGAAAUUAAAGAAGAAAAGUAUAUUCAGUCCAGAAAAUAGUAGUGAAAGUGACAGCGGUAUUUCGGCGAAAGUUGGUACAGUGAAGCCAACAAGUAGUUCUGUAAAAUGUUCCAAAAAUCCACCAGCAAAAGUGAAAUUGAGCGAGACCAAGCAAAAAUCCAUAGCAUCAAGCAGACCCGUCGUGAAGCCUGUACAACCACAGAAAUCGGAAAGUUCCGCAAGUUCUAAGAGUUCUGGUGGUUCGGCAUCCUCAGGUAGUUCGGACAGUACUUCUGAUUCAGAGUCAUCUGAAAGUGUUACCAGUUCUCAGCCUCAACCCAAAAAGAAAGAAAUGCAAUCUAAUACACUAACGAGUAGUACUGUAACGAGUGUACCGUCUAAGAGACCCUCGGCGGCAGUCGCCCCAGUAAAAUCACAAAAAACAGUUACAAGACGGCAAGGUGCUAUAAAGAGUGACAACGAUGGAGAUGCAUCCGCGAGUGAAAAAGAUAUGGAUGAUCAUGAAGCUUCAUCUUCGAAAACAAUGACGAAAGGCAAGCGGAAAUUGCAAACACGCAAAGGAAGUAAAUUGCUCCAGUUACAAGCGAAGGCAGAUAGCGAUUCCGAAUCUGACACAGUAGCUGAAAGCAAGAGAAGCACGAGCAAAUCGCCUGUCAAACGCGUUGGACCGUCUGCUGCUGCCAGACAAUCCUCUGGUAGAUCAACACAAAAUAGCAGUACCUCCAAUAUCACAGGUAGUAGAACAAAUCAAGCAUCUUGUAAUCAAGUAUGUGCAUCGCAACAAGAGGAACGUGAAUGUCCGCUGGCUACAUCCUGCAAUUCACGAGGUCACCUCUCUGGAAAACUCGAUUCGCACUUUACUCUGGAAGCGUGUCCACUGUAUCAUAAUACCACGAUUCAGGCUUGUGUAGAGUUUUGUAAAGAAAGAAAGAAACGAGAAGAAGAACGUAAGAAGGCAAUAAUGAAUCUAGCCAAGAAACCCAAAGGUGUUCAUCAAACUACUGAGCAACGCAAUUAUCAACUUAAAGUACGAGACAUGAGAAACAAAUGGAAGGGUAAUACUGGUGAUGGUAAUGAUAGUGACAGCGGCGGUGAAUUGCAGGGGAACGAAAAAGACAAACAGCCUAGACUUAACAAUCUCACACCUGAUUAUGACUUAAAACUGUUUAUGGAAGCUCAGGCAAUAGCCAGUGAAAAAAUCGAAAAGGAGUUACAAGAAUUUGACUGUGGAGAAGGUAAAAACGGUGGUACCAGAUUCGUCGAAAUGGGAAAAUGGGAAAUGAAAGUUUGGUAUCAAAGCCCAUAUCCCGAAGAAUACAGUCGUGCUCCUAAGCUUUAUCUUUGUGAAUAUUGUCUGAGGUACGCGAAAAGCCGUCAAGUUUUGAGGAGACAUCGAGAGAAGUGUCUGUGGAAGCAUCCACCAGGACAUGAAGUAUACAGAAAGGACAAGAUAGGCGUGUGGGAAGUGGAUGGUAAGCGAUACAAGCAGUAUUGUCAGAAUCUCUGCUUGCUGGCCAAAUUCUUCUUGGAUCAUAAAACAUUAUACUACGAUGUCGAGCCAUUUCUUUUCUACGUCAUGACAAUUGGCGAUUCUGAAGGCUGUCAUACCGUCGGAUAUUUCAGCAAAGAGAAGAACUCUUUCUUGAAUUACAACGUGUCCUGUAUUUUAACGCUACCGCCUUACCAGAGACAAGGCUAUGGCCGGCUGCUCAUUGAUUUUAGUUACUUGCUAACGAGAGUCGAGAAGAAAAUCGGUUCACCGGAGAAGCCUCUUUCGGAUCUCGGCCUAAUCUCGUAUCGGAGCUAUUGGAAAGAUGUUCUACUGCAGUAUCUCUGCAAUUUCGGCGGCAAGGAGAUCUCCGUAAAAGAUAUCAGCAAGGAAAUGGCCAUCGACUCGUAUGAUAUUGUCAGCACUUUACAGGCCCUCGGUAUGAUGAAAUACUGGAAGGGCAAGCAUAUCAUUCUGAAGAAACAGGACGUGAUCGAUGACUACAAGGAGAGGGUGAAGAGACGGGGCCCCGUCUACAAAGAGAUCGAUCCGGAGUGUCUGAAAUGGAACCCCUUCCAGCCACCUAAGACGCCCUCCGCCUCGAACUAAGGUCUUGCCAGGAGCUUGGAAGUACGCCACCUUCUCCCCUCGUCUGUCUUCUCUCUUCGUGGUGCGACGGUCGAUUCUCGCAUUCCUUCUCGUCGUCGUCAUCAUCGUCGUCAUCGUCGUCAUCGUCGUCAUCGUCGUCAUCGUCGUCUUUAUCUACAUUUCCGACCUUCUCAUCGGCUCACGCAGCGCGUGGAAGCCAUAAGCCGCCACCGACAGAUUUCGCGCCCGUAACGUAAUGACGAGAGAGAGCCGUGAAAAUCCUUCUAGGAAUUCCUCCGGCGUCCUGAAGCACGCGGGAGACGACGGUGAGUAUCUCAUUCUAUUGGCAAUAUCGUUAAGGCUCACCGCGGGAAUGGCUUCUCCCUCCGUAUUUAAGAUGCAUCGCGGAGGUCGACAGGGUCCGACAAUAAUUGCGACUGGAAAGUCCUGCAUGCGCUUUGAGCGUCGCAGAAACGUCUCUCUGACACUGACGAAAGCAGACAGGUGCGAGCUGAUAAUGCACGGUGACGGAGAUAUCGAAGACUAUUGCAUAUUCCGCAAAGGCUGUGCUAUCUGCGCUAUGCUGUUGCCUCACAUAUUCGCCCGUAUAUCUUAUUUUUAAAUCGUGUUCUUUCGAUAUUUCCUUUACCUUCCCUGUUAUAUUGGAGGAAAAAAAAAAGGUAGUGUAAUUUUUAUUUAGAAUCAUGUUAAAAGAUCCGUUUUACAGUGAUUAAAUUCGUAUGAAAUAGUACAAAAUACUUUAUAAUCAGAAAUUAUGUAUAAUAGGAAAUCGAACGUAGAAGUUCUCUUCUAUGUAAAUUUUGAAUAUUUUAAUGGAGUUCACCGCAUUUCAAGUUGCACCAAUACAAUAUACAAAUCAUCAUACGAUUUAUUUUGAUAAUUAAGUGCGGAAAUACAUUAUAACCCUUCGUGCUGGUGUAAUGACGAGAAACAUGAGUUGUGCAAAGAUUGAAUUUCGCAUAAAAGACAUUUGUGUAUACGAGAUAUUAAACUUGGCGACGAUAAGCCGGCUGCGCCGAUGCUGCGUCGGGUUCGUUGGUGCAACGACCUUGGCAUCUCUCAUUGGUGCAACCUCGUUGGUGCAGUAAGUUGCAUAACGGCAGAGCCCCGUUAACGCGCCGCUGGCGCAUCGAUCAGAUUGCGUCGUAUGCGCGAGCACUGGACCACCCGUGAAAAUUUCUCGUAUCUUUUGGCCUUGGACAUUGCGAUAACAUGCGACAAUCACCGGCAGAAAUAACCGAUUCUGGGGGGGGAAAAAAAAACAUAAAAAUGUGCGUUCAUAAAAAUGUAAAUGACGUAAAAAUGUAUCGAUUCUAUCCUGGAAUAAUAUCCAGCUGAAAUCAUUCAUCGUCAAAUUUUAGCUUGAUUUCUCGACAUGGUUCUCGUGUGUUCACUGGCCAAUCUCUCGUUAAUAUGACCUUAAAAUCUCACUCGUUCUAAUCUCGAACAAUUUGGUUAAUCAUUCGCCAUUAGAAUUGAUAUUGAAUUGAUGGAAAUGAAAGAGAGAUAGUUCUCGUUUAAUAUUCGUGUAUCUGAGCACUGCGGAAUAAUUUUAUCGUUAAAAUACCUUCGACUAUACUGCACCGCGGCCGCAAGACGUAGGCAUGAAAGAUAGUUAUUGAUCGGUCUAGGUGCAUGCCUGGCUGCAGAGAGAGAGAGAGAGAGAGAGAGAGAGAGAGAGAGAGAGAGAGAGAGAUUUGCCAAUGAGGCCCACCGGCCUCGAUCGAGUAAUAUGAAAAUAACUCGAAAAGAGUCAAGGUCGUGCACGAGUUCAAUUUAAAUAUAUCAUAUACAUACAAUACCAAUGCCGAAGGAUCGGUCUCGAAAUUUCGUUUCAAUAACUGGAAAGAUAUUGGAAUAAAUAGUUUUUGAGCAUCUUAAAAAAUUAUCGUGAGAAAUUGAUUAAAUCGAGAAAUUUUUAAA